AUAAAAUUAACCGACUCAUUGACAGUACUGUCAUUUCAAAAUUGUCAGAAAAUGUUCAAAACAACAAGAACUAGACUCAGAAAAACCCUUUUAAUCGUGUACAGAAGGUACCAGGACAAAUUAUUACUAAAAGUGUUGUCUUCAAGACCAUUUUGGUACUUGGCUUUAGGUCUGUUGAUUGGUAGUUGUGUGUUCUACUAUCAAUACAGGCCUGGUAUUCCUGAACGCGUCAGUAAUGUAAUUCACACACCUCAAAUCUUACCACGUUUACACAAUUUGGAAAAACUGCAAAGCAAAUGUUAUAACUCUUCCGUAGCCGACAGUUUGCGUAAGCAAAUUCGAAUCGUUUGUGCUGUCGUACUUAAAUCUGUCAAAGAGGAGGUGAUCAACAGUACUUGGGCCAAACGGUGCGACAAAGUGGCCUUUUUUAACAAUUGUAACAACUGCACAUUCCUCCAACAAGCAUUUUAUUUUAAUCUGAUUGUAGUCGUUCCUGUUGUGGGCUUGAAAACGCCCGAAGGACGUGAAAACUUGUGGGGUAAAAGCAGGGAGGCUCUGAAAUACUUGUAUGAUAAUUAUUUGACGGAAUACGACUGGUUCAUGAAGGCAGACGAUGAUACUUAUGUAAUUAUGGAGAAUUUGCGUUAUUUGCUCAGAGAUAAAGACCCAACUGAUGCUAUUUAUUUUGGCUGUAAAUACAAGUCAUUUGUUAAACAAGGUUAUAUGAGUGGAGGUGCUGGUUAUGUGAUGAGUCGCGAAGCUUUAAAAAGAUUUGUUGAGGUGGGUUUGGAGAUGAAACCGGUACAUUGUAAGAAGAAUGAAGUUUUGGGUAAUGAGGAUGUGGAAGUAGGAAGAUGUUUAGAGGCAUCUGGUGUAAAAGCGGGUGAUUCUAGAGAUAAACAAGGAAGGAUAAGGUUUUUCGGCUUGUACAUGGAGGAGAUAAUGAGUAUGUCCGCUGGCUCCGGGUGGUACAGUCAGUACCAGUUCUACUAUCGACAACAAGGUUUAGAGAGUCUAUCUGAUUAUCCAGUGGCGUUGCAUUACGUCACUCCUGUGCAGAUGUACUUUUUGGAGUACAUGUUAUACCACGCAAGAGCUUACGGAUUGUAUCCGGUGGAUGAUGCUUAAGUUGAAUGGGGAAUGUGAACGUUGCGAAUUCUUUGCCGGGAAAUGUCAAGGUUUUGUUACCAGAGAGAAUCUAUAACAUCCUGUAUCUGCGCAAAAUUUAUUUAUGUUUGAAUUCGGCAUACUGAAAUUUAUGUUUGAUUUAAGUAUUUGCAUAUAUUUGCUAAUUUACAGAUGCAUCAGAUUAUAAUUAUUGAUGCACAUUAACAUUAACAUGUUGUUAACAAAUAUUCUAUGUUAAUUAUAGAAGAUUGCGAAUUGCAAAAUUUUUAAUAAUAAUAUAGAUUAUAAUCUAUAGAAUAUAAUCUGGUUAUUUAUCUUAUACUUUAUAUAAUAUUUAUUUUUAAGUUAUACAAGAAUAAAAAAUGUAAAAGAAAACAUUAUAUUUUUUUAUUUUUAUUUUGA